GAGUCUCUUCCAUUGUCCUUCCUUAGAGUGACAGGUGUAUAUGAUGUUCAGUUGCCGAUGCGUGAAAGCGGACGUAAAGAGCAGGAGGUUCCCCAAUUCCGCACUCGUCAGCGCUCCCCGUGGAGAGCAUCGGAAGUAGAGAAGUCUCCGCCGGAGAGCCUCGACACGACCUGCGACCCGGAAUCAGCCCGAACGAGGGCUACGGUUCCAAGAGCUCUUGACCCUGCCUUUACGACGCGGUGGUAG